CUCACAUUGAAGAGUAACGACUUGGGGCUGGAACAAAAAUAUGGUUUGUGUGGAAGUGCAACUCGACCAGUUACUACCGGACUUCCGAACCCACUAUGUCUUCGCUUUGGCCCAAGGUAUUCGAAAGAACCGGUAGGAAACUGCCGAAACCUUUCACCGUUGUUCCUGGCGCCAUCAAGUCCGCUUUAGUGGUAUUUCAGCAACGACUCCGUGGGGCUGAUUUUGGUUAUUUCUACUCUUUAUAUGACAGGGCAACUGGACUUGAGCAUGUCAGGCGCGCUCACGAGGAAGUCGCUCAGGCGGAGAAGUGCUUUGUUGAAAAACAGGUGGAGCGAAGAACUUACCAAACACAGUGCUUUUGUUUGGAAGAGGCCCGCACCCGUUUGAACACUCGGCUUGAUGGCGUCAGCCGUAGCGACGAGAAGUUUUUAGAGCUCGUUACUGAGCUGCACGAACUCUCUCGGCAACACAAAGCUGCAAAAGAUAAGUUAUCCGUAACGGAGUUGGAGGAGCAGACUGCUUUCGAACACUUUUCGAGAUGUCUUCGCUUGUCACAAGCUGAAGAGCGCAUUCAUGCCAGCAGAAUGAAGCAGUGGUCGAUCGGAUUUAGUGUUUUGGCUGGUGUGAUUGGUUUCGGUGCUACUUGGAUCCGCUUCUCCAUGGUACACCCUACUCCACCGUCAUCGUCUAAACUGCUUUCGGCCCAUGGUCAAAUCUCGGCACACGCUGGGGAUUGGUCUACCCAUUUGCCCGAAUCCACUUCUCAGGGUUUGAACUCCGCGAUCGGUGAACUACGGACCGUGAGUGAUCAACUGCAUCAGGGUUUGAACUCUGCGAUCGGUGAACUGCGAAUCGUCAGUGAUCAACUGCAUCAGACCCGGUCUUCGGUCCUCUCUGAACAUCCUCGCGAAGGCACCUCAAUUUGGUUUCUGAUUGCAUGUGGAUCCGUUUGUGCUUUCAUCUGCUCCAGGAUCUUUAGUUCUCGGUGAUUUCCCCUCUACUGUACUUAUCAGUUCGUGACGAAUGCUCCUUCGAAUGAUCUGAAAACCGUCAAUUUUCUCCCGGCAGAACAUGUAGUCCAGUCGAACAAACCGCGUAACUUGUACCACUUUUUUCUGGUUAAAGCCAUUCCCUUUUGCAUUGCUUGCUGUCCAUUUUCAUCUAAAAAGAGAUCUUUUGUAUGAACUAGUGAUUUUAUCCUCAGUACUUAUUUUGGAUUAACACGUCUUCUUAAUUGUGGACACCACAAGCCGGAGCGUUUACUCAGAGAAUUCAGGUUCAUCCUUAAGUGCUGCUCCACUUCUAUUCUGAUUUCCAAUCAGUGUGACCGUCGUCCCCUCGGUUUGUAUGUGAAUUACAGCGCUGCUGCGUAUGAUGAUGACCAAGAUGGCGAUUUACCGGUUGUCGCAUUUGUGAGAGCAAUUCAACGGUGCUGUGGUCGCAUUCAUCUCUUCCGUGGAACAAUUCGUUGGCAUAGUAACAAAUCGGUCAACUGUUUAUAAUACCUCUCUGUUUGUUAGCCGCUUCUGUCAAUCUCUUUGACUGACAUAUCUCGUAUGUUUGCCGGUGGGGUUACUUCGGGCUACAAACUCCUAAAUUAUCCUUACAUCUUCAUUCCCCCACACUUUGUGAGUUUGUUCUCUUGGCAUAUUAUUUAUGGUUUAUUUAUUAGACAGCAUAUAUAUAUAUAUAUAAUGUAUAUGUACAUACUGGCAACUCGACGA